GUGAAGUUAGGUUGACAAAUGGUAACCAACAGAGGACUACGAGUUAAAAAACAUUGAUUAUUUCAUCAUUGAUCAUUGAUUAUUGGCUUUAACGUUAUGUGAACGGACACGGAUCACGUUUAUGGGAUACCGCGGAAGAUAUUGUUGAUUGUGGAGACCGCCUUUCCGUGUUUAGAUGUGCUUCAAGAAGACCCCCGCGUCUCGCGCGUAGGUCGCGCGACAGAUUAGCUGCGGCGUGCGUUCUAAGACCGAGUUCAAGAAAUCACAAGUUGCACGCGAGAAGGGAAGAGCCGCCCGCGCAAUUGUUACUCUUGCCUGCGUAAAGAAUUGCACACUUUCAAUGGAUCUCCUGUUAUGACGUAGUUGUCGUUUCGGUGUUUAUUGACACAUUAUUGCCUCAAAUGCAGUUGCAUCGGAAUAAAGAGGCCCCUGAAGUACCUGGCUAAAUAAUAAUUUCAUAUAAAUUUUUGGUAGCCACUGUAUUUUUGACUGAGUGAGAGAAUUCAAGCCAUUUGUCAGACCACGAUUGUUUUUGUGCAUGGUUCAGUUUCACAGUACAACAAGGCAGUUCUAUUGGACAACUUUAAAAUACCAAACUCGAUGUCCCAAAUAUUUAUCUCAUUAUUUAUUUAAAUUAUUCUCAACUGUCGGGAUAGACUUAUAGCGUUUGUUUGUGGCGGUUGCUAUUCUAUCUUGAAUUCAGUUUCACAUGGAUUAUAUGCAAUUUUUCAUAUUUGAUAGGAUGUGAUGAAACUGUCUGGCACAUCAUAAGCACCAAAGAUGAUGGACUUUAUUGUAAAAUACUUGCAUCCUGGCGUUCUGAUACAACUUAAGACUGUUCGUCUUAUUUAUUGUUGUUUAUCACCAUCAUCAUAAUAUUGUUGAUUAAGCUUGCUACUUAAAUAUACAAAUUGAGGAUUUGCUGUGUGCACUGCAUGUCCUCUGAAUCUUCUUGACUUUAGUAGAAAAUAAAAACUUGAACACUUGAAGGGACAGCAUCCCUAAUUUCAAAAGCGUUUCAAUGUCGAUGGAUGAACCCAAGCUGAUAAGGUCUGCUUUUUACACAUAGGGGAAGCAAUCAUAAAGAAACCUGCACUGUAGGUAAAAGUGUCUUGAGAAGAGAAGAAAUUUGGUGAAAAUGGCCAGUGAAUGCACCUAUAGCGCUCCUUAUGGUACUGAUGACACCGUAUGCACUACUAAACUCCCAGCGCGCGAGCAACGGGAACGCGCGGAGAUGCAUUUGAAUGGCGGAUGUGCGUCUGUCACGUCUUCUGCCUUCUUCGAGGUCAUCGGCGACUCUCUUUACCGUAAGAAGUUGGAGAAAGGUUUCGUCCAGUACCGGGAGGUGCUGGCUGAACACAAGCGGCUCCAGUCCAUAGCCGCCUUCCAUGAGAAGAGACCGGGCAAGUCGCACCACACCCUGGAUGACACGUACAGACUGGUGGCCGAGCACUAUUGGUGGGAAGGAAUGUACUUUCAGGUCAGAGAAUUUGUACUCUGUUGUGAGGAAUGCCAACGUAGUCAGUCUGAAAGAUCAGAGUGUUCAGAUGUGGAACUUAUCUCCAGGAUAGUGGAAUCACAUAGUCAUGAAGUCUUAAGGAAGCUGAAUGGACAACGGGAGGCAGGGCUCUUCUGUGACAUCACACUGAAAACUAGAGGUGGCCAGUCUUUUGUCGCCCACAAGGCAGUCCUUGCGGCGGUGAGCGAGUAUUUCCAGGAGUUAUUUACUGAAAUGGACUCGGCCACUAACCCUCAGUCGCAUGUUGACCUCACAGGUUUCAGUGAACAGAGCUUGCUUGCUUUACUUGAGUUCUCUUACACUUCGACCCUAAAUCUGAAUCUGGACAGCUUGACAGAGGUUUCUGCAAUGGCUCGUCAUCUACGCAUGUGGCCUGCCCUUGAGGCCUGCUUGGCUAUCAAAAUAGAGCGAGAGACUUGUCAGCCAUGUUCCAAAAUGCACAGUACUGCUGAUGAACCAAAUAAUUCAAUGUCUGGGCCUUUCAGGAGAGACCACUCUUCAAUUACAGGAGGAAAGGUGGGACUCAUGAAGAGGAGAAAGGAUGAGGAAGGAGAAGGCUCUGGGUCUACCUGGAACACCCAAGCACAUUACAGUGAGCACAUUGUUGAUAAGGUGUCAGAUGAAUCUGAAUCAGAAACCUCAAACCCUCAGCUCCAAUGCCAAGCCCCAUCCAAUUUUCAGGUUGAGAAAAUUUGCUUUCCAUGCAGCCCAAAUCGCAGAAUGAAGCUUAUGGACUUCAAAUCUCCAUCUGGCAAGAGAAAGCCUUUCUCUUGCCCCACAUCUUCAGUCAUCUCAUCAUCUCCUUGCACCUCUACUCGUUCUUCCUCUCCAUCACGUCGCUUGCUUCGUUCCUCACCUGGUGCUGCCCUUGCUUUGCGCAGACUCUUGCCCAAAAUUGACUUUUCCACCAAGAGAAAGAGGAAGUCUUCUGCAUACCGGACAUACAAGCCCCGAUCUGAAUUCUCAGCGGCGACUUCCCAAUCUCAGGCAACCUCUUUGACCCAUGUAACCUCAGCAAGUGUAAAGGAGGAGAAUUUGGAGGAAGAGCUAUGUAAUGUAGUCCAUCAGGAUGAGGUGCACAGCCCUCGAGCUCAGGAGAAAUACCGUCUUCUGAGUUUCCUUGGCUUGCAGAGAAAGUCUCUGGUUCCUGGUCCAGAGGAACUGUCUGGUUGGGGUCAGAAAAAACGACUUAGGAAGUCAAAAGUCAGUGAUUAUUCACUCACAGCCCGACGUAAACCCCGUGCACAAGGAGUCACAUUGGGUUUUGGAACCAGUUUAGGUGCACUUGCAGUAGUUAGUCCUUCUCUGUCCCUCUGUGACAUGAGCAGAAUGGACUUACUGAAGAAACCAGUGAAAGUAGAGCCCCAAGAACUCUGGAAACAAGAAAGGUCCAAAAAGAAAAGACAGGGUUCUGCAGGGCAAACUGUGCAAUCAAGCGCAAGGACUACACGUAGCAGGGCUUUGCUUCAGACAGACUCCAGUAUAACUAACAGUGAGAGACCACUCAGACGCCACAAUAGAAAUCAAGACAAAACACAACUCCUCUCUGCCAAAAGAGGUAGGUUACCAGCACACAAUACCUGUGAUGCUCAUAAAAGGACUAUCCUCAGGAUAAAACGUGAAUCUUCUGACAAUGCCAUCAUACCACCUAUUCACCAUUGCAAUACUGACUUCCACCACCAAGGAAUGCAAACUACCAAAGGAACAGGAUCAGCACGCAGGGGCCGCCCACCUGCAGAUCACACAACAAAGUCGCAGCACACAAAGCGGUACAAACCUGUCCGUCCCACAACCGACAAACCUAAAACUUCAAAACAAAUUAAAAGCAAAACAAAAUGCAACUACACCACAGGAAUGGUACAAGCAAAGCACUGCAGAACUGAAAGAGGAACACAGGUGAAGGAGAACAGAAAGAUUAAAGAACAUGCAAACAGAAAAGGGAGCCCUAAUGUUCAAUACAGUGCCAUAAACUGGGAGACCAACCAUCAGCAUCUUCACAGUCGUCCUCUUUAUAAAACCAUAAAGCAAGAGCCAGCUGACCCCCUACCCCUAACCCAGCCAUUCCCAGCCAGCGAACUCUCAGACCUGGGUAAGCGUCAGAGCAAACCACCCAUUAAACUGCUGGAUCAAGGCUUCCUCUUUGGCUUCUGUCGGUCACCAAGUGGCAUCAAACGGGAGGAGGAGAGUGUGGACAUCUGCCUUACUCGGUCUGUCUCCCAUGGAAGAAUUUCCCAUAGGGAUUCAUCACCUGACAUGGUGAUAAGAGAUCGGGUGAGGGCCAGGAUUAUGCCAGAUCGAACAGGUCUAAAUGGGCCUCAUUGGGCUGGACUAGGGAAAAGACAGACACCCUUUUCUCAAAGGAUUGCUUUUCGAGUGAAGACGGAGAGGGAUGAAACAAGUGCGUCCCAAAGGUUGAAGGUUAGCAAAGUCCCUCGACACCCCCAGGCCAGCAAGAGGAGCUGUAAAGUGAAGAAAGAACCAACAAAGACAAAGAAUGUAAAUAAGCUGCUUCCUCUGAGCAGUCGCCGUUCCUUCCUAUUGGAAUCCACCCGACAGUCACGUCUCAAACAGAUGAAGGGUCCUCAAGGCCAGGCCUCCAGUGGAGCACAUGCUUGCCUGCAGUGCAGGGCCUCCUACAGGGACUGUGAUGCACUAAUCAUGCACCGUAUCAGGCACAUUGAAGGCAAACAAUGGCCCUGCCCGUUGUGCAACAAGGCUUUCUUCAGGCAGAGAAAUGUGAGGAAUCACAUAAGGACACACAAUCCCAAACUUUACAAAUGCCGCCAGUGCAUUGCUGCUCACUGAGGUUAAAAGGCACAGGAUGAAAUGAGGAGCAGCAACGCUUUGUUUCUUGAAAUAUUAAUGCUGUAAAUACCAAGAUUCUGUGAUGUAUGAAAGUGAGGUUCAAUUUAUUAAUGUAAAUAAUAUUCUAAUGGUUUCAAUUGUGUCUUUUCCAUUACAAUAAUUGUUGUUAUUUAAGUAACUAAGCUGAAGUUGCUUUGCAAUUAAUACAGAUGUGUUGAACCAGAACUUGAACCAAUGGUGUUUUUUCUCAGGGGUGGAGCCUGAUGGUCAAGGUGAUAUAUGUAUAAUUAGAAUUGUGUAGAAUGUUUUAAAUUUGUUACUACUAAUGUAAUUACAACAAUUGUUAAUACUAUUGUUAUGAUUAUUUUUUUUAUAAAUGGCAUAAUCUUGAGUGCACUUAAUGUUAACUUUGUUUUAAAACCUAAGAAAGAUGUGGUGGACUGGGAUGUACUUGAAUUAUUGUUGGAGUGGAGCUGAUGGACUGCCCUUAAUUUGUGGCAUCUGGCAAUGUUUUAGAAAACUGAUUCGUUUUUAAAUGAAGGUUGGGUAAAUUGGGUUAGUUAUAUAUGACUAGAGGUCAUGAAAUGGUUGACCUGCAUUGGUGAAAUGUCAUUAUUUGGAUAAAUACCAUUUUGUGAAUAUAUUUGUUUGACUACAGCUUUUCAAUAUGAAACAGUGGCUGUCUUUAGAUAAGGGAAUCCCAACAUGUCUAAUGUGACUUUUUUUUCCUCCUUUGGAUAAAUCCUUGUAAAACUUUUUAUGCAUCUCUUUCUUUGACAUACAAUGCAAUGAACUUAUAUGAAGAAGUUUUAAAUGUUAAGGUGUGUUUUGUCUGAAAACACAAAGUUUAAUAUGUAGAAUGACCAAA